GCCUAUCAGUGCCAGUCAGUGCCGCCUAUCAGUGCCACCUAUCAGUGCCAUCAGUGCCUCAUCAUCAGUGCCCAUCAGUGCCACCUAUCAGUGUCCAUCACUGCAGCCUCAUUAGCGCACAUCAGUGAAGGAGAAAAAUCACUUAUUUACAAAAUUGUGUAAAAAAACAAAAACUAAGAAAAACAUUUUUUUUUAAAAAAUUUUUAAGUUGUUUUUGGUUUGUUUAAGAAAAAAUAAAAAACCCAGAGGUGAUUAA